AAUUGCGAAAACAUGACGCGUAAAUUGCGUGCCAUGCCGGGGACGGACUCUCAAGCUGUAAUAUAGAAGAAAUUGGAGAGAGACCAUGGCGGCCAAAGACACUACGGAUUCGACGCCAUUGGAGGCGAAGAAGAUGCUGAUCUACCCGCCCUCUUCUUUAUCAUCGGGAAGGCAAGUCACGCCUUUCUGGAAGGAGAAGUACGAGAGGGAGUCCAAAAGGUACUGGGAUUUAUUCUAUAAGCGCCACAAGAAUAAGUUUUUCAAGGACCGGCAUUAUUUGGACAAGGAAUGGGGACGAUAUUUCGAGGCGAGGGAGAAAUCUGUGGUUUUGGAGGCUGGCUGUGGAGUCGGGAACACCAUAUUUCCUCUUGUUUCUACCUACCCAGAUAUUUACAUUCAUGCGUGUGAUUUUUCUCCACGAGCUAUUGACAUAGUCAAGGCACAUGAUAGAUUUAGAGAUGAUCAAAUUAAUGCAUUUGUUUGUGAUCUCACAUUGCAAGACCUUAAUGAUUUGGUACCAUCUUCUUCAGUGGACAUUGUGACCAUGGUUUUUGUGCUAUCUGCAGUAGCUCCUGAAAAGAUGCCUUUGGUGUUGCAAAAUAUCAGGAAGGUUAUAAAGCCAAAUGGCCACAUUCUAAUCCGGGAUUAUGCAUGGGGCGACCUUGCUCAGGUUCCACUAUAUUGGAUCUUCAUUUUCACUGUGGUUUUAUACACCGUCACCUCAAUUGCUCGAACUAGGUGCGGACCUCAACAUCCACUCCUCAUGCACUUGGGCUGUUUUAUGAGCUCAUGCAGGCUCAUCAAAAAUAGUUUGAGUGGAGCUCAAUCCCUCGGCUCGGAAUUGAAUCAAUUGACUCAAGAGCUUAGCUGGCAGUACCUAGUCCAUCAUGAGCUAACUUGCAAGGAACAACAGAUUAGCGAAAAUUUUUAUGUCAGGGGUGAUGGCACUAGGGCAUAUUAUUUUUCUGAAGAUUUCUUGACAAAUUUGUUCAAAGAAAGUGGAUUUUAUGUCAAAGAUAUUAGCGUUUGCUACAAGGAAGUUGAGAAUCGAUCAAAGGAUUUAGUGAUGAAGAGGCGCUGGAUCCAGGCAGUGUUUUCUCAAACUUCUGAGAAUAAUAGGGGCUCAGCAAGAAAUUUUGAAGUCGAACAAGCCGACGGAAGGAUUGAUCUGAUUAAUUCUUUUAAAGAUCCCACAAUUGAUAAUGAGGUUGAUGUGUCUGAGAGCAUUGUUGAAAUGUUUGAUUCUGAUCCAUCAUUGAAUGAGAUCACCAUUGUCAGAACAAGAGGCUACAGCUUCAGGAUUAAAGGACUUUCCAGAGAACACCAACAUACCUGCCACUCUACAGGCCUUAUGCUAUGGGAAUCUGCUCUUCUCAUGUCCAAUUUAAUAUCGGAAAACCCUUUGAUUGUCGCCGGAAAACGGGUCCUGGAACUCGGUUGCGGCUCCGCUGGUAUCUGUUCCAUGAUCUCUGCUCAAUUUGCUGAAUCUGUAGUCUCCACUGAUGGUGAUUCUGAAGCUCUCCAACUGCUCAGAGAGAACAUUUCUUCAAACCUUCAGCAAAGUUUACUUGAAAAAAUAGCUAUCAGAAAGUUAAUAUGGGGAAGAAAACAAGAUCUGGAGGUCAUUAAGGAGCUUGAUUGCUUUAAUGGAGGCUUUGAGGUUAUUAUUGGUACAGAUGUUUCUUACAGCCCUGAAGCUAUUUCUCCUCUGUUUUUUACUUCCAAAGAACUUAUUCUGAAAAAAGAUGAUGGUGAGUCAAAACCUUGUCUUAUUCUUUGCCACAUUGAACGACGAGUUGAUGAGGAUUCAAUCGUCUCCGCUGCAUCGGAUUUCGGCUUCAGGCUCGUGGAUAGAUGGGUCAAUGGAAUGCGCUUGAAUGAGGGUGUUAUUAGUUCAUGGUUUAGUAGUGGUGCUUCUUGGUGGGUUGAUUUUCAGAGUACACCUUUGACAAUUUUGUAUUUUGAGCUCUGAGACUACUUCUAUUUUUGUGUUUUGAAAGCUUUAGAUUUAUUUGGUUGUUUUAAGUUGAGAUUAUUGCUUACAUAGGUUUUAGGAUUUAUCUAUAGAAAUAAUUUUUAAAAUUUGAUUAAAAGUGUUCAGGAGGGAUUGAUAGAGAGAGUGAGGAAGGAGAAGAGACUUGUAAGGUCCUCC